AUGGCGGCAGCAGACGUGACUCCCCAGUUUGGAGCGGAACUAAAGGACUCUUUCAAACCAGUCAACGCUUGGGUAUCUAAUGGCAUAGUAUGGCUCGAAGAAAUCCAACAAUUUUACCGCGAACGCAGCGCCAUAGAAAAGGAAUAUGCAUCCAGACUCUCUGCUCUGUGCAAGAAAUACCAGGAUCGAAAAGCAAAGAAAAUCAGCCCAUUAAGUGUCGGUGACACCCCGACUAUGACCCCUGGUUCCCUCGAAAGCGCCUCCCUUACAACAUGGUCGACCCAAUUGGCAACAGUAGAGUCGAACGCGGCCGAGCGCGACAAGUUUGGAACGGAGUUGGUCACCCAUGUUGCUGAACCGCUGAAGCAGGCGGCCAUGCAGUAUGAGGAGAUUCGCAAAUGCCAUGCGGAUUACCAUGGUAAGCUUGAGAAAGAGCGGGACGCCUCAUACGGGGAACUGAAAAAGGCCAAGGGGAAAUAUGAUGGCGCUUGUCAGGAGGUCGAGUCGCGGCGCAAGAAGAUGGACUCAUCAUUUGACCAUGGCAAGACCAAGGCGCAGAGCGCAUUCCAGCAACAAUUAUUGGAGAUGAACAACUACAAGAACCUAUACCUACUCAGUAUCAAUGUGACGAACAAGUCAAAGGAGAAAUUCUUCCACGAAUAUGUCCCGGAGGUUCUGGAUGGACUGCAAGACCUUAAUGAGACUCGAGUGAUAAAGUUGAAUUCUUUGUGGACUCUUGCCACCCAAUUAGAGAAAACAUGCCUCACUAAUAGCGUCAACAAUGCCGCAAGCCUCCUCACUGAGAUCCCUCGCAAUGAUCCUCGACUAGAUUCAAUGAUGUUCCUGCAGCACAACGCCAUUCAGACCCAAGAACCUGCCAAUAUGGGCUUCGAACCAAGUCCGGUCUGGUCUGAUGAUGCUUCUCUCAUCACCGAUGACGCUGCUAAAGUCUUCCUGCGCAAUCUGCUAGGCCAAAGCAAAGCGCAAGUACGUGAGUUGCGUGUGGAGUCAGAUCGAAGAAAGCGUGAGGUUGAGGGUAGCAAAAAGAUCAGAGACAAUAUUCGACAAGGCAAAGACAACCGCAAUGAGCUUGACAUUGUGCGGAACAUCUUCCAGUGGCAGGAGAGCUUGCAUGAAGUGGACCGCAAAUGGCUGACGGCCGAGGUUGAAACGUCUACCAUCAUCGCGGCGGUGGGGGACUUGUCUGUCGGGGCGCAAAAUCAUAAUUUCCGAUCGCAAACAUUCAAAAUCCCUACCAACUGUGACUACUGUGGUGAUCGUAUCUGGGGAUUGUCUGCCAAGGGCUUUGAUUGCCAGGACUGUGGCUACACAUGUCACAGCAAAUGUCAGAUGAAGGUGCCAGCAGAGUGCCCUGGUGAACAAUCGAAGGAGGAAAAGAAGAAGCUUAAAGCUGCUAGACAAGAGCAAGCCGGUGCGGUGCCCACUGUUGAUCUUGAAUCCUCCGCAGCCUCGACCACUGCGCCAUCCCUUACUCGCCAGAAUACUAUGAACUCUCUGAGCUCAGGUUAUGCGGCUAGUGGAGCCCGUUCGGUAUCCAAUGUGGCCACGCAACCUACACCUGAAGACCCAACAGAUGAAGCCCCUCCCACUCUCGCUGAGACCAAGCCCAACACUGGUCGGAAACACCGAAUCAUGGCACCCCCUCCAAUUGCAUACACUACCGCGUCAUCUCCCGAGCCAGCUGCACCGUCCAAGUCCAAGGGCAAGAUGCUAUACUCCUACGAAGCCACUGGCCCCGACGAGGUGACGGUACACGAUGGAGAUAAUGUGACAAUCGUUGAAGCCGAUGAUGGAUCCGGCUGGCUGCGUGUUAGCAUUGGUGGUCAAGAUGGCCUUGUGCCAGCGUCUUACGUUGAAGCGGCACCAGCCCCCUCUCCAGUCCCGUCAGCUAGCUCGGGCUUACCAGAUCGACCGGGGUCUGUCUACUCAAACUCGUCUGCUUCGCUGGCAGCUCCGAAACGAGUGGGUCCGGCAGUGGCGCCGCGUAGGGGGGCCAAGAAACUCCAAUAUGUGGAGGCGUUGUAUGACUACGAGGCCCGCAGUGAUAUGGAGUGGAACAUGACAGAGGGGGAUAGAUUCGUCUUGAUCAAUCGCGACAGCGGAGAUGGCUGGGCAGAUGUGGAGCGGGGUGGGGUCACGAAGAGCGUCCCAGCGAAUUAUAUCCAGGAGGCGUAG